AUGGAUGCUGGCAUCUGCGACCACAUGACCUGGGUGACUCUGUCGGCAACAACAAGCCCAAACGGCAUCGGCUUCGGCCUGCCAUCCAAUAUGGUGGUUACAGCAGACCUGCUGUCAAGCCCAAGGCUUGUCGUUGAUGGCAAUGACAGCCUAGCUGGCGACAGCAGGUCUGCUGUACCGGCGAACUAUGCGCUCACUACAUAUCCAUCGAAUCUCGCCGAGGCAGUCGUCAAGACUCCAGUGAAGACUCCAGCACUGAGAUCUGGGACAACCCCAUCAAUGAACAAGUCCAAAGGCCACCGGAAUUUCCAAGCCGAGAACAUGGCCUGGUGCAGGGGUAGCGACUCUGACGACUCACCCUCCUGGCGCGAUCUUCUGUGCCAACCUAUCCACCGCCCGCCGCCUUGGGUCAACAUCUCUACCACGGCGGCGGUGGUGUGGUGGGUGGGAGGACUCACCGCCGCGGCGUAG